GAUCAUUUACUAAUUUUGUACAUUACAAACAUUUACUGCUAAUCCCAAAUCGUCUAAUUAUUAUUUCACGUAAGCUUUUACAUCAAUAAACCAAUCAUCACGCUACACAUAUGUCGCGUAUGGUCAUAUUAUUGUAACAGCUGUUUUGCGUUUUUGCAAGGUUCUGAGUCGCGUCAAUGUGGGCGAUUGUGCUUCCUCUAACAAUUAUUUAUUGAGUAAUUUCACGAUAAAAAGUUUUUUUUUGUUAAAAGUAUUCAGGCUUUUUUCUUGCAUUGCAAUCCAGAUUUAUUUAUAAGUCCUCAUUCCGUUAAUUGAAUGAUUUUAAUUCAUUAAAAGUAAAUAUUUAUGUUGUGUUUAAAUGCAGCUGCCAUAUUUGGUAGGAAAUAAAAUUUAUCAAAUUUUCCAUAAAAAUAGUUCACGUUUUAUUUUCAUAAGUAUGUGUAUGCUUAAAUCUCUUGACAAGCUAUAUUUUGAGUACUGUAGCAUACAUUGUCACACGUUUACUCAACUUUUUAUUACAUAAUUUAUUAUAUCUGAUAAGUUUUUGAUAACGUUUUAAAUUCAGCGCUGUACAACGAUUGUAAAGUAUACCAACAGCUGCUUCGAUAGACAUAAUAUCAUCUGUUCCGAAUUACUUACACGUUUGCAUUGUUAUUGUUUAUGUAUCUCUCAAGAUAUAUAGUUUUAAUUAGCAAGUAUCAAAUAUAAAGAGUUUUUCUUAUAAAUAAUAGUAAACGAUCAAAUAAAAUCAAUAAACUUUUUUGAUUAUUUGUAAGAAGUUUACUAUUUGCAUACCCACUUGAUCAGUUUUCUUAACCUCCAAAGUCUUCUGCAUCAAAAAAUACGACCGAUUUUGGUGCUACGAUAACAUCAUGAAUUAUGAUUGUAUGUUAAUAAAAUUUAAUAAUCAUAGAUUAGACUGAAGUUCGACAAUCAUUAUCACAAAAAUGUAAUGUUGCAAAGAACAUUUUUUCAAGGUCACAAUAUGCAAAACUUUCUUUCAAAAAGGAUAGGCUGACCUUCAAUUUUAUUUUGAAUUUUAUUUUGAAUUCGCUCAGUGAAGACUGUGAUACCAAGAUGAUCUCGCACAUCAUGACUCUUGCCAAUGGCAUCAUUGGUGUCAGUGUGUUGGCUAUGCCUUUUUGUUUCAAACAAUGUGGCAUAGUCUUAGCAACCUUGGUACUGCUAUUAAGUAGUAUACUUUCUCGAUUGGCAUGUCACUUUUUAAUCAAAUCAGCAGUUAUGUGUCGACGGAGGAACUUUGAAUUUCUUGCAUUUCAUGCGUUUGGUCCAAUGGCAAAAAUUUUAGUUGAACUAUGUAUUAUAGGAUUUCUUCUAGGAACAUGUAUAGCGUUUUUUGUUGUGGUUGGAGAUUUAGGCCCUCAAAUUGUUGGAGAAAUGAUAAACAAAAAUCCUGGAGAUAUAAGAACUAGUUUUCUCAUCACAACUGGAAUAUUUAUUGUUUUACCAUUAGGCUUAUUAAGGAAUAUAGACAGUCUUGCAAGUGUCAGUACUGCAUCCAUUGCUUUUUACAUCUGCUUGGUAUUUAAAGUUAUAGCUGAAUCAACCCACCAUAUAUUUGCAGCAGACUGGUUUGAUAAAGUUGAUUAUUGGAGACCAGCAGGUAUACUACAAUGCUUGCCUAUUUUUGCCCUUGCUCUCUUUUGUCAAACUCAGUUGUUUGAAAUCUAUGAAGCCAUGCCAAAUGCUACUUUAGAAAAAAUGAAUCAAGUUGUUAAAGGAGCAUUAAAUAUAUGUACUACAGUUUAUAUAAGUGUAGGAUUUUUUGGAUAUGUUGCUUUUUGUACUCAACCUUUCACAGGAAAUAUUUUAAUGAGUUUUGAACCAAACUUGACCUCUGAAAUAAUCAAAAUAGGUUUUGUAUUGUCUGUAGCAUUCAGCUUUCCUCUAGUCAUUUUUCCUUGUAGAGCAAGUUUGAAUUCCUUGUUAUUCAGAAGAGGUUACGCACAUGAAACUACAACAAGUUAUAUAACUGAAGCAAGAUUUAGAUGUCUUACAACUUUUAUUGUAAUAAUAGCUCUAACCAUUGGAGUUUUAAUUCCUAACAUUGAGUUAGUUUUGGGCAUAGUUGGGUCAACUAUUGGCGUUAUUAUAUGCCUUAUAUUCCCAGCUGCAUUUUUUAUAUCAAUUAAUACAAAAAAUACUAAUGAAAGGUUGCUUGCACAGAUUCUUGUAUUUACUGGUGUUUGGAUCAUGAUUCUUGGGACAUAUGCAAAUUUGUAUGCUAUAGAGCAAUCAUCCAAUUCUAGAGUUACAGCAACAACCAUGAAGCUCCCUAGUCAAAUCAAUAAUAUGCCUCAUUCGCUCAUUAAUAAGGACAUGCUUCAUAGGCCAGAUCAACCUGAACAGUCUGAUAUUUUAAUACAUAACGAAGUCGAUGCUGAAAGACUGAAGCCAAAAGUUCCUGAUAAACUUCCUGAUGAUGAAAAUGUUCGACAAGAACCUCCUGUCCCUGUGGAGCGGGUACCUGAAACUGAAAAAUUAAAAAUUAAACAAGAACCAAAUAUCUUUGAAACUGUGACAAUCAGUCCGAAAAUUCAAGAGAUAGUUGACAAAAUAAAUAACAUGGAUAAUGAAUUGAUAAAAGAAACCAACAGGGGAUAUGAUUCCUUAAAAAAGACUAAAGAGACAAACGAACUACCUAAAAAAAUAGAGGAUAAUUCAAUACCUGUCAAAGAUAAUGAUAAAACUGAUACAGGUCAAAAGAAUGAUGUUAUAGCAGUUGAUGCAAUAAAGAAAGAAGACUCAGAAUUAGCAGCUGACAAAGAAAUGUCUAAUGUUGAUUCUGUUCAAAGGCGUGAACAACUUGAAAAGACUUUAAAGAAACAUUUGAUAGAACAAAAAGAAAUGCUUCAAGAGCAAAAAGAACUAUUGAAAGAUAUUGAACAACAAAAGAAAGAACUGCAAUUAGAUAAAAAACCAGAAAUCGUGAAAGAAAAUAAAAAAAAUGAAAUGAUUAAAGAAAAUGCAGAAGAACAUAUAGGAGAUGAGUUACGUGUACCUAUUAAAGCCAACCAAGUAAAUGUUAAAGCUGACCAAGUAAAUGAGAAACUAAAUAACAAUCAAGAUACUUUACAGACUAAAUUGGAAAUGUUAGGUGAUGGUGCAAAUUCACCAAUUUUAAAAAGUAAGGACAUACUGUUAGAAGUCGAGAAUUCAGACAAGAAUGAAGGUAUUCAGAACAAUGAAAUUCCGAAUAACGAAAAACCAAUUAAAAACGAACAAUUAGAUAAUAUUAACGGUCCAAAUAGUAAUAGGAACUCGUCUUUAGUUUCUAAUUUAAAUGAUGGACCAGAUAAUGUGUUAAUUAAAAAAUCAGAGGACCCAAUCAUUAAAGCAUUAACUCGACAGUCAAAUAAGAUUGCAAACGGCAACGAAGUGAUAGACAUUCCUUCAGAUGACCGGAAAAUUAAUGUUAAUUUGAAUGAUAAAAAAGUCGAAGAUAAAGUUAGAGACAAAAAUGAUAAGUAUUCCAUUCCAAUCGUCUUGAAAAUGAACAACCAAACAAAACUAGUACUAGACUCAGAACAUUCGAGCAUAAAUAAAAGUAGUCCUGAUGUAGCAGGAGUCGGUAGGGAUAUUUUAGAAGAACAUCAAAGGGAAAAGAGAACAAUCAGUUUAGAAACUGAUACUGCUAAACUUAAUCAUGAGACAAAUUCUCCUGAUGGCAAAAGCAAUGCUAUGAUUGAACAUUCUAUAGUUGAUAAAGAAAUUUGUACAAAAGACGAAACAAAAUCCGAAAAUUCAAAUUUGAAUGUGAAAACCGAACCAAGAAAAUCGACGGAAGAACCAAAUUUCGAAAAUUUAAUUAAAACAAGUGCUUAUCUAUCUGAACAAAAUAUUGUGAAAAGAGUUUUAAUUGAUCCAGACUUAAAUUUAGGAAAUAAUCAUGUGAAAUUAAAAAAGCGCGAUUUGAAAACUUUAGAUUUUAAUGAAGACAGCAAAAAAUAGUUAAUACAUCUUUAAAUUAUUGUUUUAUUUAUUACGAAAUUUGUAUAAAUAUUCAUUAUGGUUUAUUUAUUUAUUUUAUUAAAUUACUGAUCUUUUUUUUACAAGUUUUAAAACGGUAUAAGAUUUUGAAAUGUGCUCUAAUGAUAAAGCUUUGAUUCUAUGCUUGUAUAAUUUUUACAAAAUUAUAUAGAUAUUCUUUUUAUGUUGUCAUUUUAACAACAAACAUAUGAGGCUGAACAGAUAAAGUCAGGAGUAUGUAAAAUGAAGCUACUUUUUUGGAUUUUGGAAUAUUAAAACAGUAUCUUAUAUGUAUAUGUACAUGUAUAUAUGCAUGGUUGAUAAAUAUAUUUUUAUAGGAA